UUCCACGUAAAAAUCCUCGGCCUUAUUUACAUACAGCUUUACUAGCAUUUACAGCAGAACCCAACAAAGGACCAGGUACUCUGCUAUUUGGUGGGCUCACACAAACUUAUCACCUUACCAAAUUGAUAAAUAACCAGAUCCCUAUAUAGUUUGGUUAAUUAGUAUUUUCAGAGGAAAUGCAUAGAGAACCCGGUUCUCUAUACAGUCUGGUGGACGCACAGUCUCUAACAAGUGGUAUCAGAGCAGGUUCUUCCUAUUAGGCUAACACCUAGGAAGGAUCCUCAUGGCUGCUCCACCAACUUUUGAAAAGAGAGAAGCAAAGAAGAAAAAGUACCUGACACUUAAAGCUACUAAAAAUGAUUCGAGUAAGGAAAACAGUUACAUGGCUUACUUAAUUAAAAAGUUUCAGAAGAUGGUCAGAAAAAAUGGAGAAGUGAUAAAAAGGGACAGCUCUAACAGAUCAAAGAACAAUGAUCUUUGUUACAAGUGCGGAAAGGCUGGACACUUCAUGAAAAAUUGUCCUAUCUUGAAGGAAGAAUUCUCCAAGAACUUCAAGAGAAAAAGUUCGGCUGAAUAUGACUCAACUUUUGCUUUAUUGGCUCGAUCAGAUGAUGAUGAAGACAAUCACAACAAAGAGGUCAACCAUAACCAGAUGCAGAAGAUGAGACACUACUCCCAAAAGUGAAGGUGGGAAGUAAAUCUAUCAGAGAAAGAGAACAUAUAAAGGAACUCAGAAAGAAGUGAUGUCAUGCUGCAG